AUGUCCGAAACAAAAUCACCAAAACUUGCACCAAAGCCAGGCCGAGUCGUUGUCUACCGUGCCUUAUGUGACUAUAUGGCGCGAAAUGAGAGGGAACUGUCUGUUACCGAAGGUGACUUACUGUAUAUAUCCGAUAAUAGCCGUGAUAUACAAUGGUGGUCGGCUAAAUGUGGCGGACGAAGCGGUUUGAUUCCGCAAAAAUAUGUGCUUUCAGUGAUGAUGGCCGAAUACAUUGAAUAUCCAUUGCACGAUGCUGCAAAGCGCGGGAAUAUAAACUUUGUAAAGGAAUGUCUCGAGAAUGUGUCUGCAAACGCCCUCGACAAAUCAGGCUCAACACCUCUGCAUUGGUCGAGUCAUGGCGGCCAUUCACAAGUCGUCAAGUUACUAUGUUCCGUACCUAACAUGUGCAUUUCUGCGCAGAACAAAAUCGGUGAUACGGCGUUGCAUGCUGCUGCUUGGAAAGGUCAUCUGGAGUGUGCACGAAUUCUACUUGAACACGGUGCUAACACUUCAGUGCUUAACAAUGAAAAAAAGCGUCCUGUUGAUGUUGCGUGUGAUUUAGAAAUACGAGCGCUCAUUGAACUGGCGAUGCGUGGCACGACAGACAACUGUCAAAAUGAGUAUAUUUCUGAGUCCGAUGAUACUGAUAAUUAA